UUUGAUUGAGAUUCUUCUGGGAGUAAAUUUUGAGCUGAGCUGAGAAGAGCAAGCCAAGCACAAAGAUGAUGCUAAUAGAGGGAAAAAAAGCUUGGAGUAUUAAAAAAGAAUUAUUGAGGGCCUCCCUGGUGGCACAGGCGGUUGAGUGGAGCGACUCAUACAAGUGACAAGCCCUCUAUAACCAGUGAAUUCAGAAAAGAUUCCUUGAAGAGCAGUCUCACAGUCUAUCAGAAAACCCACACAGGAGAGAAAUCCUACAUAUGCAGUGAGUGUGGAAAAGGCUUCACAAUGAAGCGUUACCUGAUUGUGCAUCAGCAAACUCAUAGUGGAGAGAAGCCUUACAUGUGCAGUGAAUGUGGGAAAAGCUUCACUGUAAAGAGUAAUCUCAUUGUGCAUCAGUGAACUCACACAGGGGAGAAGCCCUAUAUAUGCAGCGAAUGUGGGAAAGGUUUCACCAUGAAGCGCUAUCUGGUUGUGCAUCAACGAACACACACUGGCGAGAAACCCUAUAUAUGCAGCGAGUGUGGCAAAGGCUUCACUGUGAAGAGUAAUCUCAUUGUACAUCAACGGUCUCAUACCGGGGAGAAGUCUUACAUAUACAGUGAAUGUGGAAAAGGCUUCACCAUGAAGCGCACUCUCAUUAUCCACCAGCGAACUCAUACAGGGGAGAAAUCUUAUAUAUGCAGCGAAUGCGGAAAAGGCUUUACCACCAAGCGCACCCUCAUUAUACAUCAGCGAACUCACACAGGAGAGAAGCCCUAUGAAUGCAAUGAAUGUGGGAAAGCCUUCAGUCAGAAAAUAUGCCUCAUACAACAUGAGAGGUGUCAUACUGGCCAGACACCCUUUAUAUGUACAGAGUGUGGAAAAUCCUAUUCACACAAAUAUGGUCUCAUUACUCAUCAAGAAUUCACACUGGAGAAAAACCCUAUGAGUGCAAUGAAUGUGGGAAAGCCUUCACCACAAAGUCAGUACUCAAGGUACAUCAAAGAACACAUACAUGAGAGAGACCGUAUGGAUGCAGUAAUUGUGAGAAAGCCUUCUCCCAUUUGUCCAACCUUGUUAAACAUAAGAAGAUGCACACAAGACAGAUGGGUAGAUUCAGUCAUGUUGGAAAUUCCUUUAACAGGGCAUCACAGCUCUUUACUUACGGUUGAGCUCCUGAAGAACAAAAACUUGUUACCACAGAGCAAAUGCCUCUGUGGUAGGCUUCAUGGAACAUCAGUUGUUUUUAGGAGAUUCAAGUAUAAUUACAGUACCGCCUGUUGUCACUUGUGCCCCGAGGAGGAUUUGCUGGAAGAUAAACCUGGUGAACAUAAGAAAUGCGGUAGUGGGCCUCUGUGGUGGCGCAAGGGGUUAAGACGCAACCUAUGAAGCUGUCUGCAGCCACUGCAGCACGAGUUUGAUCCCCGGCCAGGGAGCUACCCAUGUCACGCGGCAGACCUCGCCUGUUGCUCCCCUCAGCAGUGUAUUUCAGUCAAUCUGCCUGUCCUGCUCCCCAUUCUGUCUCUGGUGAGGCCUCUCACACUCCACACCUCUGGCCUGUACCCCAGUUC